UGAAAAGACUGGUGGAGUGGCCCUCCCCCUCUUUUCCUUGGUGUAUCGGGGCACAACACUCUAUGGCGAGGAUGGCAUCUGAAGGCGACGAGUACGAGGAAGAGGAAGAGAAGUGGUCUCAAUGGUUCUGUGGUCUGCCCGGGAACGAAUACUUCUGCGAGAUCAACCUGGCGUACAUUGAGGAUUCAUUCAACCUUUACGGGCUGCGUGCCAUGGUCAGCAACUACCAAGAUGCAUUGAACAUCAUCCUCGACCUUACAGAUAUCCCGUACGACGACGACGUUCCGUCGUGCGCGGCCGAGCUCUAUGGACUAAUCCACGCGCGAUACAUCAUCACAAGCCACGGCCUCGACGCCAUGCUGAAGAAGUUCCGGGACGGCGACUUUGGGUUCUGCCCGCGCGCCCUUUGCGACGGCCAACCAGUCGUCCCAGCAGGCAUGUACGACGAACCAAAGAAAGCCGAGAUGAAGGUGUAUUGCCCCAAAUGCAGAGACCUGUACACCCCGUCCGUGGACUUUGAAAGCACAACGAUUGACGGCGCGUACUUUGGCUCGACAUUUCCACAUUUGUUCUUCUUGACAUACAGCAACUUGGAGCCGCCGCCGUCGACGCACCUAUACGUACCUCGCGUGUUUGGGUACAAGAUUCACAGGAAGGGGCCGAACCGACACCGGCUGGCGACCACGGCCGCGAAAGCGCUAGAAAACGGCGACCAGGUAUGCCGUAGCUUGUCGGAUGUAGAUUAAUCCGACUGUGGAAGGUCGAGGAUAAUGACACCCUCUGAUAGCGGCCAGGGGGAGGAGACGUCCAGCCCGACAAGGACGACGGCGCCGCCAUUCAGGCCAAUAGUGAUCAAGCGUCCCGCAGUAAAAAGCGAGUAAAGCACGAAACCUAAUGGAGGACUAGGUUUCAUUCAUG